AUGCAGAUUUUCGUUAAGAUUCUCAGUGGCAAGACUGUAGCCCUCGAGAUGGACCCCUCGGAUACGAUCGAAAAAGUGAAGGCUGAGAUCCAGAAUAAGCAAGAAUUCCCACCGGAUCAGCAGCCUUUGAUUUUCAAUGGCAAGCGGUUGGAGGAUGAAUGUAUCCUGUCCAAAUAUAACAUCCAGAAGGAGUCUACGGUCCAUCUGGUGCUUCAUCUCCGUGGUGGUAUCAUCGAGUUCUCGCUCCUGGUUCAGAAGUAUAAUUGAGAUAAGAUGAUUUGCCGCAAGUACUAAGCCUAUCUGUACCCGAUAGUCACAAACUGUCACAAGAAGAAGUGUUGCCACACCAACAAUCUGCGCCCAAAGAAGAAGUUUAAGUAGACGCUGCGCUAUUGUAUGGGCGCUUGAGUUUUUUUUCUACCAUGGUGGCUCGUAGAAAGCCAAUCCAGGCUAGAUUUGUUUGUGAAAUGAAAAAUGUUUAAAAAUUUAUUUACAGAAAAGUGAGAAAUAAAGCGAACGUUUCAAAACUAAAAACAAUAUUUGGAACCACGGGUUUGCGGAAUAUUCUCCCAACCGGCUUCCUCUAUCGAGCAGGAUUAUACUUGGGUCGAAGCCAGGCGCCAGGUGCCCAUCAAGCUCCGUUGGAUGUUUGAAAUUGUAUGCCCUCAACCCAUUCAUUCUUCGGUAUGGGUCGCGUGACACCUUAACUUAGUACUUGGAAACAAGGUAGAAAGUAUGAGCCAGGGAACGGGAUAAGGCAACGAAGGGGCGCCGGAAUCCGCUGGCUUAGCACGUUUGCAAGCUUAGCCUAAAAAUGAGGCAUAUUUGUGCAGAUCUUUUGCUUGCAAACAAAAUCUCAGAUUCGCCACUUGGAGGCCAGCUAGACGGCACUUGGAUACCACACCGCUCCGAGAGGCACAGUCCCAGCGACAUGAUACGUUUAAACCUGAAGAUAAGCACAAUCAAAUAGCUAAAUGAGUCCUUUCCCAAACGAACAUAUAGUACCCAGGAUGGGAGAAAUAAUCGCUCGAGAAUCUUUGCGGUUCAAGUCUAGGUUCCCGGUCAUCCUACCGAAAAGGCAUUCGACAACUUACUUGAGUACUACCAUCAACAGCCAACGAUUCCGCAUGCAACAUCUGCGGACGGAGAUGAGAAGGACAACGAAAACGAAGAACCCUACAAUGACCCCACUACUACCAGUGUCGCGCGUCACACCAAUUUAGCCGCUGUUUCACUAUACCGUCGCAGAUUUUUACGUAUAGUUUACUGUAACCAUUGGGCGUAGACUGGAGAAGAAGUACGUCUCUGUAUUUACUUGCUUGACAACAAGGGGCAUAUACCUUAAGAUCGCUCAUAACCGGACGACUCAAGCGUGUUUGAUGGUCAUACGCCGUUUCGUGUGCCGCAGAAACAAGCCUGGGAUUUUUUUUUCGCAGGCCAAGCAACAAUCGAAGAGGCCGUCAGUCAAAUUGGAACCGAAGUGCUCACCGACUCCAUUGAACAUCAAUCCGCCCAGCGCACCGCACAUGGAU